AUGGAGCCGCGAAGUGAACCCCGAACCCGCCGCCCGCCAGUGGGUUCGCCUGUGAAGGUGAAGAAGAAAGCUACCAAGCACACGGUCAAGUUUAAGGACCAGUGUGACGUGCGGGAAGACGUGCUGGUGGUGACGGUCGAGCCUCCGUCCCCGUCCCCCGGUUCGCCCGAACCGUCCCUGCCCAAGACGGCGGUAACCUUUGCGCUUCCGCCGCUUACGCCCCACCGUCCCAAGUCCAGCACCCGUGCCGGUGAACAGUCUGGCGCAGAGACACGAGCGCUUCCGAAGAAGGUGGACACGGCGAGCCAGAAGACAAAACCGGGCGAGCAACGUUUAUCCGAAGGAUGUACAUCGCUAAUGUACGCCUGCCAGCAGGGUCUUACCGGUGAUAUAUUGAAGGAGCUGCGACAAAAGCCCAGUGCCGUACAUCGACGGGAUCGGAGCAACAAAAGUGCCUUACAUUACUGUAGCAGUGCGCAGGAUAUUGCUGCGGCUGCCAGCGUCGCCAUGGUAGCACCGGAGCUGAUCGAGUCAGCGGACGAGGAUGGAUUCACGCCGCUGCAUCUAGCAGUGAUACAGGGAAAUCUGCAACUGGUCAAUCUACUGCUUGCCAAUGGGGCUGAUGUAAAUGCGCUCGACAACGAGGGACAUUCGGUCGUGCACUGGGCCACCGUGUGCGGCGAGGUGGAAGCACUUCGAGCAGUAUUGGCGGCCGGUGCGGAUGUGUCCACACCGGACAUAAACGGUGGCAGCCCGCUGCAUUAUGCGGCCCAGAUGUGCGGUGCAAACUACGAGGGUAAAACGGCCCGUGCCUCGGCAAAGCUGGCACUCGAGAUACUCAAUACGCUCCUGAACCAUCCCGAUACUUCGGUCGAAGUAGAGGAUAAGGAUGGCCGACAACCGUUGCUGUGGGCCGCAUCCGCCGGUUCGGCCAAGGCUGUGCUGGCUUUGAUUAAAGCUGGGGCUCACGUCGAAAGUGCCGAUAAAGACGGAUUGACCGCUUUACACUGCGCAGCAUCGCGUGGACAUACCGAGUGCAUCGAUACGCUCAUUAACCUUUGCGGGGCACACACCGAUCAGAUCGACUCGAACGGUUGCACGGCGCUGCAUUAUGCGGUGACGCUCGGGCAUGCGGAUGCGACCUCGCUGCUGCUCAAGCUGGAUGCCGAUCCGAACCGACAGGACCGGAAGGGUCGUACACCGGCCCACUGUGGCUGUGCGAAGGGUCAGAUGGAAACGGUGAAGAUACUGCACGCCAAGAAGGGUAACCUGUGGCUAAGGAAUGCGAAGGGUGAUCUGCCGGUACACGAUGCGGCAUCCUCCGGACGGCGCCAGCUCGUCCAGUGGUUGAUCCAGAUGAAGCCGAAGCACAUCAACACGACCAGCAACGAUGGACGAACACUGCUACACAUUGCCGCUGGGCACGAUAAUGUGGACAUGUGUAAGCUGUUGCUUGAGCUCGGUGCGGACAUCAAUUUGCUGUACCGACCGUCCUCCAAGGGUGCGCCCCUAACGCCACUGGACUAUGCGCUGGUUAAAGGCUAUCGAUCGACUGCCAAGUACCUUCAAAUGCAGGGUGGGUUGCCCGCUAACAAGCUGCGACUUUCCGGGCGACAGCAAAAGAUCCUGCCGGACAUUGAUCGGGUAGAGCCGCUCAAGCUGACGGAGAAAGAGGAGCUGAUCGAUCUGAAAACAUCCAAACGGUACAUCGUCUAUCUCAACUCAAACUCCGAAAGUGAAUCGCAAGACGAUCGAACGCAUCGCAAGAGUCGCCACAAGCGAAAAGGAAGCCAACGGGGUCGUCGCACCAGCAGCUGCAGUGACACGGUGUAUCUGUACCGCGAUGGGUCGAAUGAUAUUAGUCGAUCGCGCAGCAAUGCCGAGCUGCAUCGUAGCGACCAACGAUCGACAAAGCAUCGGCGUAGCAGCAGCUCAUCGUCCGCCAGCACUAGCGGCUCUUCCACUGACAGUUGCUGCAAACAUGUACGUAGAAAGCACAAGUGCUACAAAAAGUGCACUUCCAAACGUUCACACUCGCGGGAUCGCCACAAGGACCGUGAGCGGGAAGAAUCGCACGACCCAAAGCAGCAGGAUGCAAUGAAGGAGUACGAGUUCAAGUAUGCCGAGAAGAAGGACGCUGGCCCGCGGAAGCCGGGCGAACGGUGUGGUAAAAUAAUCUUGAAGCAGGUACACAGUGGCUCUUCCGAGAACGAUUCCCCGUCGAACCUUGGUGGCCGCGGGGGUCCAUUAAAGUUCUCCACGGAACGAACCGGGCGUGAAACGCACCUAGGAUUACCGGCCGGGCUGCAGUACGGUGGUGCGGGUGGGUUUGAUUCUUCCGGUGGGUUGGGUGAUUUUUUAGACGAGCAAACGUCCCCGCGGACGCCACCCCGCGCGGAGUUCAACAUUCGGAAGGAAUCGGACGCCAAGAGCGAGGGCAAAUCGUCCGAUUCCAGCACGACGAAGAAAAAAAAGCUCAAAGGCACGGGCAAAAAGACGAAACUGGCAAAGUCGGCAAAAAAGUCGGACUCGCCAAGCGAGGAAGAACUGUCAAAGCCCGCCAGCUCGACGGAAGUUGUGACGGAAGCGCUGGUACAUCAACCACCCGAAUCGAUGUCUAAAUCGACGGAAGAUGAUGGUGCGGCUACGGAUGCGACCUACACGAUCGAACAGCGAACUCGGUCGGAUGUGGAGGGUCUCAGCGAGACGGAGGAUCGCACCGGGAAAGGCGCACCCCGGGUGACGAGCAAACCGGUGACGGAAACUAUCGAAGAGGUGCGGGACGAGCAUGCGGUCGAGCUGGUGCAGCAGCCAACGACCGCAUCCCGGGUGGAGGUACGAAAGGAUCGCUCGAAGUUAAAAUCCGCCAAGAGUGAGAGCAAAAGUCGCUCCAAGUCCGAAUCGUCCGAUAAGGAAUCGGCAAAAGUGCAACAAAAACCGGCCCCCGCUCAAGAGGAACCCGUAGCACCGCCGGCACCACCACCAUCGCCACCUUUGGCAAAAGAGAAAACACCGGAACCCGAGCCACCCGUAUCAAUACCGCCCAAGCCUGAAGCAAUCCCCGUUCCGGAACCGCAACCGGAGCCCCAGCCAGCAUCACUGCCACAGCUAGCAACACUGCCAGAAUUUACGGAGGACAGAAGAGAACCGACGGUUGAAUCGCAGACACUGCAAGAACUGGAAGUGGACCGUGGUGGUGGAACGGGCAUGGGUGACGAUGAGUCUUUAAUAGCAGAGGAAUCGCUACCGCCCCUAAUAGAACCGGAAGAACCGGUGCAGGUGGAGACGAAAUCUGUCCCGCCGCCGGUUGAAGAGGAGAAAUCCACGCCAGAGGAAUCGACCGAAAGCUCACCUUCAAAAUCAAGCGAAGAGACCGAAACUCCAUCCGUUGUGGAGGAAGCGGCCGAGAAAACGGCAGCCGAACCACCAGUCGUGGUGGAAGAGAUACCGCCCGUGGUGGAAAAACCGAAACCACAAGAACCUCCAAAGGAGCGACCGAAGCUGCGUCGCUCGAUGGAAUCGAAAAUGGAGAGCGUUGAGGAGGACACAAAAAUGGCGCCACCGGUACCGGAGGAACCGGCGAAAGAUGGCAAGGACGCGUCUGUGCCGCAGCUGUUGGACCAGGAGAAGGUUGAUCAAACGCGAGGCUUUUUCGUGAGUCUCGACGGUACCGAGGAUGACGAGAAGAAGAAGAAGAAAAUCAAAAAGAAACUCCGCCUGAAGGAAGACGAGCAGCAGGAGCAGCAAAGCAGCAAGGAUCAAGAUUCGGGGUUCGAGCCGAGCCCGCAGGCAGUACGUAGCAAGCCGACCAUCUUCGAGCGCCCAACGCACACGGCCACCCUACCACGAAGGUCGGCCUUCACGAUGGUAGAAGAGCGGGCGGUCAGUUCGCGUCCCGAGGGUCGGAAGCCGGGCGACAAGAACGCAGUUAACAUGACGACCGUCCAACAGUCGAUCCAUCGCAACAUCCGAAGAUAUUAUAUGGAAAGAAAAAUUUUCCAACACUUGUUAGAACUGAAAAGUUUGCAAAUACGGUCGACGAAAGUGAACGAGUCGGUGCUGGUGAAGCGGGCCGUCGACGAUUACCACAAGUCCACGAUCGAGCUCGGGUACGAGACGGGCAGCACGCUCAAGCGCUACCCGUACACGGAGUACUCGUUCCGGAACUUUGAGCUGUUCCUGUACGAUACGCUCAAGAGCCUGCAGAAGAAGGAGACGUACAACUUCCAGAACAUCUCGGAGGUGUAUGAUGAGGCCGAACGGAGGCUCAGUCCGGAUGUGAGUCGGUACGAGCGUGCCCUAAACUGCACAACCAAAACACACCGAUGUCUUCAUGCAACCCACGCCUACACGGGAAUCCCAUGCGCUGCGUACAUACCGAUGAUGAACCACCACACGAUACCGAAGCUUGGCUUUGGCCCGUACAAAUCGAGCACGUCCGGGGUGGGCAGCUUUUUCUUGCCGAAAAUCCUCACGCACCCGACGGACCGCAGCUGCACCGGUGGGAAGGUCGCGCUGGAGUUGACGCAUGGUAACAGCAAGCAGGUCAUUACACUGCCAUCGGAGAAGCUCGAUAGCAAUAAGCGAUACUAUGUUACGUUCACGCUAAAUCCGGACUCCACCACUGACGGUGAUCCUCAUUUAUCCACAGGCGAACCCGACCGAGCAGCACAACCGCAGCAGCAGCAGCUCCACGAGCAACCAUCAGAUACUGAUGCCCAAGAUAACGCUCAGUCACAACGAAGGCAGCAACAUCAGCCACAGCAGCAGCACCAGCAACAACAACACCAUCCUUCAGCCACGGAACACCAACGGUCACCGUCUGUUGGGCCACAGUCGCAGUCCCGUGCCCUUCCCACAGUAGAGGAGCAUCGGGCGGGUGCUAGUCCCAGGGGAACUCCUGCAUAG